AUUAGAUAUACGUUCUCACCAGAGAAGGGGGCCUAAGCAAGCCUUGCUAUUUCCCACCUUGUAUCUCUUCCCUCUUAGAGUGUAUAUAUCACAACUUUUCUUUUUCUUCCUUUCCCUCAUUCUUCAUAAACUAACAAAGAGGUAAGAACAAGAAGAAGAAAGGAGAGAAAAAAAAAAAAAAAAAAAAAAUCCAUGGAAACUUCCCAGCCUCUUUCCAUUGAGAGCUUCUCAUACAGUUGGUUGGUUAACCUGAAACCAUCUCUAGAAAGCCUUGACAACUCCCUUAGGACCUCUCUCGACGCGUCCGACGAAGCCUCGUUCAUCGAGAUGGACCCCCGAAUGCCGCCUUCCAAGAGAUUCUUGAGGAUUUCCCAGGAUUUCAAGUUUGAUUUCCCAACUUCACCGUCUCCUCUAAGUCUUGUCCAUGCUGAUGAGCUCAUCUCCAAUGGCUACCUCAUGCCUCUCUUCCUUGACCCUUUGAAGAUGGAGGCGUAUGAGGCCUCAAGUACUACUUCCACUCAAAACCUUCCCAACUCCUCGCAUUCCCCGAUAACCGGUGUCCCUGCCGGCAAUUCUGAUUGUUCGUCAUUGAGAAGGUGUAGGAGAUUGUCAAGGAGGAUAAUUCAGAAGUACUUGAAUUUUCUCAGGCCAUUGUAUCGAAAAAUUCGAGGUCACAACAAGGCGGGUUCUAAAGCGGCGGGACACGUUGAGAAAAGGGUUCAAGGAGGAAAGAACCGGGUGUACUCUUCCGAAAGCGCAUCUCCAAGAAUUAGUGUAGCUUAUUCUGCAGAUGAUUAUUGGAGAAAGUCAUGUGACUCUGAUAGCUCAAUUUAUGAGGCUGUUCUCCAUUGCAAAAGAUCUAUAGGAAACUGAUGAUCUGAGGAAGCAAUAUUGCUUUGGAGAGAAGCAGGAAAAAAAAAAAAAAAGAGGAAGAGACAAGAAGAGGAAAGUUGAGAAAGGAACAAUUUUUGGGAAUCACAUGGGAACGAAGGGAAUGAGAGGUGACAAGUGAAGAUCACCAGCGACUUGUUCUUUGUCACUAUCCCUAACAUAUUUCUUUGAUGACAAUGUAAAUUUUGUUGUGAAUCUAGCCAUGGAAAAUCUGGCCUUAGCUAGGAAGAGGGAUAAAAAAAAAAAAAAAAAAAAAAAAAAAAAAAAAAAAAAAAAAAAAAAAAAAAAAA